UAUAGUUUCAAACUUCUCUCGACUAAAAUAUACACAGCCUCAUUUAUCAUAGGAACUGACUAAAAGGGAGAGUAAAAUCAAGUACAGUGUAUAUACUAAAAUGUCUACGCGCAACUUUAAGUUACUAUCUCCACCAAAUAUCAUUUUUGUUGGGUUAAUGAUUUUGACGAUAUGGACUUCCUUUCUACAGAGCGCUGAUUAUACUUGUCCAUCUGGUUGGUUGCUAUUCUCCUCCAGCUGUUACUUCAUCGACUUGGAGGACAGGACUCGGCCCGGCGCGUCGGCGGCCUGUCAAGUGUACGGAGCUUCGUUGGCCGAGAUCACGUCGGCCGAAGAGAACAGUUAUAUCGGAGACCUAGCUGCUGCCUCGGACACGGCCUUGUGGAUUGACUGCAGGGACGACAUCUCGGAGGGGGACUGGUUGUGCGGGGAUGAUAAUCAUCCAAUUACCUACACCGGUUGGGGACCAGGAGAGCCCAACAAUAUAGAUAAUGAAGACUGCGCCGUCUUGUACAGCGGUUGGUGGUACGAUAUUCCUUGUACAGCCACAGUUCCAUCAGUCUGCAAGAAAGAUGGUAUUGGCAAUGCCGUUCCAUCCUCGAGAUCAAUGACCUUCAAGAAAGACGUCUCCAAUCCAGGCUGUCUCAGAAAUAACGUCAUCGAGCAAAUUGAACAAUCUACGCUGAUCAGCUGCGGAGGGCGCUGUCUCCAGUCUGCGGACUGCUCCUCAAUAAAUUACUACCCUCAUCGAGAGAGAUGUGACCUUAACAGUGCCACUAAGGCGGAGGCUAACGAUUCUGAUUUCAUCGAGUUUUUUCAUUGUGAAUACUAUGACAUUCUUUCAUAAUUUAUUAGUCUCGUGCAGUGGAGUAGCGUG